AAAUGCGGUUCGACACCUCCUCGCCAACGUCGUCGAAUCAGCACUCUUCCUGAUGACGAUAGCAUCAUUGAAGUCACCGGAAGAGUUGGUGUUGAAGAUGAUUCUACUUUGUAUAAUUAUGCUGCUCAAGUAUCUACAUCAAAUAAGCCAACUACAAUAUGCAUGUCUAAGGAUAUAAUGGCUCUAGGAUCAGCUGUUUCUGCGACUGUUUGUUUCUCUACAUUUUUGACUAUUGCUUCUUACGUGUAUUCAAAACUCAGACCUAAAGAUCAGUAUAACAUGUAA